UCACAUGCAUACACCCUUCAAUUCACAACUAGGUUUAUCUCAAAAUAAUCAUGGAAAAUGAAGAGCUUAUUAAAGGGAAAGUGGAUUGGCGAGGAAGAACAGCUAGGAAGGGCAAGCAUGGAGGAAUCCGAGCAUCUCUCUUCAUAUUAGGAACAUUUGCAUUUGAGAACAUGGCUACAAUAGUGUUGGGGUUGACCUUUUUGACAUACUUCAAUGGAGUGAUGCACUUCAACCUUGCUGACGCAGCCAACCACGUCACCAACUUCCUUGGGACUAAUUACAUUCUUACCGUUCUUAUUGCCGUCUUAGCUGAUACUUAUACUGGCAGAUUCCUUGCUGUCCUCCUUUCUGCGUGGAUCGAGUUCUUGGGGCUUGGACUGUUGGCAUUCCAGGCUCACCACCGCAAGCUGAAACCUCCACCAUGCAUCCCAAACCCUAGCGAUCCAUCCGUGCAAUGCGAGGAAGUUAGCGGCCGCAACGCCGCCAUACUCUUCCUGGCAGUUUACUUGAUUGCCCUGGGCUCCGCCGGGGUGAAGUCGGCGGUGCCGUCGCACGGCGCCGACCAGUUCGACGAGAAGGAGCCGAAGGAGGCGGCGCAGAUGUCCAGUUUUUUUAACUGGCUUUUGCUGGGACUGUGCGUGGGAGCCGCGGCUAGUCUAACGCUGAUCGUGUGGAUUAUCCAGGAUAAAGGAUGGGAUAAGGGGUUUGGUGUGUGUACCUUGGCUAUGUUCCUUGGUGGGAUAACUUUUUCUGCGGGAUUGCCGUUCUACCGUAUAUAUGUCAUUCAAGGGAGUAGUGCCAUCACUCGUGUUGUGCAGGUCUAUGUUGCAGCCAUGAGGAACAGAAAUCUUCAGCUUCCUGCAGACUCCAGUGUGCUAUAUGAGAUCAGCAAGGACAGAGAAGCUGCAAAUGAAACUGAUUUUCUACCUCACACUAGCAAAUACAGGUUCUUGGAUAAAGCAGCCAUCCAGACAUCACCAGAACAGUCCCAAAACCCAAAUCCAUGGAAGCUAUGCACAGUCACACAAGUGGAGAACGCCAAAAUCCUGCUAAGCAUGAUCCCAGUUUUCUUAUGCACAGUAAUAAUGACCCUCUGCUUAGCCCAACUCCAAACAUUCUCAAUCCAGCAAGGCACCACAAUGGACAUAACCAUCACCAAAUCCUUCAGCAUCCCAGUCCCAUCCCUCCCCAUCCUCCCCAUCACUUUCCUCAUCAUCCUAAUCCCCGUCUACGACCAAAUCCUCGUCCCCUUCCUCCGCAAACUCACCGGAAUCCCCACCGGAAUCACCUACCUCCAGCGCAUCGGCGUCGGCCUCGUCCUCUCCUGCCUCUCCAUGGCCACGGCCUCAAUCCUCGAAGUCAAGCGCAAGAAACUCGCCCGAGAACACAACAUGGUCGACGCUAUCCCUAUUCUCCAGCCGCUCCCGAUUAGCGUGUUCUGGCUUUCCAUCCAGUACUUCAUAUUCGGGAUUGCUGACAUGUUCACUUACGUGGGAUUGCUCGAGUUUUUCUACUCGCAGGCGCCCAGGGAGCUGAAAUCCGUGUCGUCUUGCUUUCUUUGGAGCUCCAUGUCGCUUGGGUACUUCUUGAGCUCGAUUAUGGUGAGGGUGGUUAACGCGGCCACGAAGGGGGGGACCGCGAGUGGGGGGUGGUUGGCUGGGAAUAAUAUUAAUAGGAACCAUUUGGACCUGUUUUAUGGUUUGUUGUCCGCUAUGAGCUUCGUGAAUUUCUUGGUUUAUUUGGUGGUUGCUACCAGGUAUAAGUAUAGGCAGCAAAAGGUGCAGCCGGCGGAUGAUGAGGGUGAUGGUGAAAUGCAGUAAUUGAAGCUAGGAUUGAUAAUGUCUGGAAGUCAUUAAGAAUGAAAGUUUGUGAUUCUGUUUCGUCAAUUCCUAAAUGUCAAAUGUAGUUAUUGCAGGGGAAUCGUCAGUUUUUGUUCCUUUUGUUA